GCUAGCAGUGGCACUUGGGGCUGGUGAAGGGACACGAUGUGGAUGGCCCAGCCCUGGGGGUUACUGUGGAUGCUGUUAGCCUCAGGACUCGGAGCUGCUGAGGAAUUGGCCGAGGAAAAGGUCUUCCGCACAGAGGGGCAGGACCUGCAGGUGCCCUGUGCCGCCAACGUCAGGAUCUAUGCUGACAGCCAGAAGGCCUGGCAGAGGCUGCUGGACGGAGGGGAGGUCCAGACACUGGCUGUCACCGAGAGGCCAAUGGGAAGGCCCACGGUGGUCCGGGUGGGGAGGAACAUCCUGAGAGAUGACCCUCUGGAGGGCAAGCUCACCGUCCAGAUGACCGACCUGCGAGUGGAGGACUCUGGACUGUACCGCUGUGUCAUCUACCAUCCGCCCGCCCAACCAAUCCUCCUCUCUGAUCCCUUCCGCCUGCUGGUGAGCAAGGGUCCUUCUGUUACUCCUGCCUCUGGCCAGAAUCCUCCAGCCCUGAGUCCCGCCCUUAGGACCACAAGGGACCCAAGUACCAGGCACAGAGCUGUAACCCAGCCCAUACCCAGGCCACCUGCUGUCAUCACCUCUCCUGGCCCUGGAGUCAACCUCACGGAUGUGACAGCUGGGAUCAGGGUCCCCACGUUCACCUUUAUCAUUCUCGUGGCCUGUGGCCUCGUCACUAAGAGCCUGGUCUCCAUUGUCCUGUGUGUGGUCACACAGAGGUCCUUCGGAUCUUAGACUCGUGAAGCCACACAGUGACCUCUGACCUCCAGUCUGCCUGCCAGAUGUGUGAAGAGAAGUUAGGAGGGAGGGAAAGGGGAAGGGUCCCUGGCAUGAGUAUCUGUGAUCAAAUGUAACGUCGCAUGUUCAGGAUUUCCUCCUUCCUGGCCCCGUCUUCUGCCUUUGGGUCAUCUUGGGUGUGUGCUUUGUGCCCUGGGCAGAGAAGAUACAGCCCCCCCAGCCUGCCUGGCCCUUCAUUCCACCAGUGGGUUCAAUGAAAUAAAGACGGAAUGCCGUGG